AUGUCGCGAAAUUACUUCAAAUAUUCUGAAACUGCACUUGAAAAACCCGUGGACAUGGUAAGGAGAGGCAGUUCUGUUCGUAAAGCAGCUGCUGCUCACGGUGUUCCGGAGACCACGGUACGCAGAUGGUUGAAGCUGCAACAGCUACGUUCACCGGGGAAACCUACUGUUUUGAGUGCGGAAGAGGAAAAGUUGAUAACUGAAUGGAUUUGCUUGUCGGCUCAAACGGGGUUUCCGGUCGAUGCCAAACGGUUGAAGGCAUCAGUUGCUUAUUUUCUUCGUGUGUCUGGAAAACCUAACCCUUUCACAUCGGGGAUCCCCGGUCUUAAGUGGCUGAAAUUAUUCUUGGGGCGCCAUCCUGACAUCUCUCGUCGUAUUCCGAGUGCACUGUCCAAGCAGCGCACCACCGUUUCAGAAAUCCAAAUCCGAAACUGGUUCAAUGAAAUACGUUCUUACAUUGAAAACCAAAAACUUCAACAUAUUCUGGAAAAGCCCGAGUGUGUGUUCAACAUGGACGAAACGGCGGUUCGGAUGGUGCCAACAAAAGAACAAGUAUUAGCCAAAACUGGUGAAAAAUAUGUCCACACCAGAAAUGGGAAUUCAGAAAAGGAAAGUUAUACAGCCCUGUUUGCAGCCAAUGCACAAGGUACUCUGGCACCACCGAUGCUGCUCUUCCCAUACAAGCAAAGGCUGCCGAGUGAAAUCGUACGAAGUGCACCAUCGGGUUGGUCAAUUGGACGGAACAAAUCGGGAUGGAUGACGCAAGAAACAUUUUUUGAAUAUUUGAAAAAUGUUUUUCUUCCCUGGGUGAAAAAGACUGGAGUACCGCUGCCGAUUAUCAUUUUUGUCGACGGUCAUACUACGCAUGUGUCGUAUGAGACUGUUGAGUUUUGUCGAAAGUCAGAUUACACUCAUUUCUCUAUUCCCCAACUCGACCCAUGUACUGCAGCCUUUGGACGUGUCCUUUUUCUGACCCUUAAAAGUCCAAUGGAACAAGCACUUGAUCGAAUACCGCGUUUUGUAUGCCGGCGAACAACGACCAAAGCACAUAGUCGCCCCGCUUCUAAAAAAAUCGGUUGA